AUGAGAAACACAGUAGUGAAGAGCGGGCUCCGGCAGAAGCAGUGGCAGGGGGCGGUGGUGCGCAGACUGCUCUCUCUGCAGACGAUGAAGACGCCGUCAGAGAACGCCCUCAAGUUCGUUGCGACAGACAAAACGCGGUUCCUCCCAGAGGGAAUGCAGCAGGCUAUCGACAUCGAGAGCUUGGCAGAGGCAAACGAGAAGUCGCCGCUAGCGUCGCAGUUGUACAAGAUCAACGGGGUGCGGUCGGUGAUGAUCGGGUCGGACUUCAUCACGGUGAACAAGGUGGACAACAGCUUGUCGAACAACCCGGAGCUCGACUGGACAAGCUUGAAGCCCAAGGUGGAGCAGUACAUCGCCAGCUUUGCCAAGACAAAGCAGCCGUUCCUGGACCAGCACUACCUCGAGGAGUACCAGAAGGAGCUGGACACGCUCGACGAGAACGACGACGACGUGGUGUACGAGAUCAAGGAGUUGAUCAACACGAAGAUCCGGCCGGCGCUCCAGGACGACGGCGGAGACAUCCACUUCCGCUCGUUCGACGAGUCCACGGGGACAGUCUUCAUCAAGUUGCGGGGCGCGUGCAAGUCGUGCUCCUUGAGCGAGGACACGCUCAAAGGCGGCAUCGAGAGCAUGUUGAAGCACUACGUGCCCGAGGUGGAGGAGGUGCGGGCUGUGCUUGACCCGGAGGAGGAGAUCGCCAUUGCCGAGUUCGAGAAGCUGGAGAAGAAGCUCAAGCAGAACGCCUCUGCCUCCGGCCCCUCCGACCCCAAGGUCCGGCCCGAGGCCCACGCCUGA